AUGUCGGGGGCGUACAGAAGAUUCAUCGGUGUUUUGGAUGGAUUCGUUAACGCCAAGUUUCCCUCUGGAAAGAUAAAUGAGAUGUGGCACCAUCCAGCGGGGCCAAAGACGAUUUUCUUCUGGGCGCCGACUUGGAAGUGGUCGCUCGUUAUCGCCGGUUUGGCGGAUCUUGCCAGGCCCUCACAUCAGCUCUCACUCAAUGGGUCCCUAGCUCUUGUUGCCAAUGGAACUAUCUAUACAAGAUGGUACUACUGGGCGAUUACUCCGCGAAACGCGGUCGGCGCUUCUUGCUCGUUCUUUACUGCUCUAACUGGAGUCAUGCAAGCCGGCCGUCGACUCCAUUAUGAUUACUAUGUCAAGGGGACACCCGAAGACCCCGCGCUUGUCGAAGCGAAGCUCGAUUAA